AUGCAUCUCCAGUCGCUCACUCUCGCCUUCCUGGCGUCCGCCAUAUCCGUUGUCGCCAAUGAUAUAGUGUCGAUUUUUCUCCCGGAGGCUGAUCCUCAGCCCAUCGUAGGCAAGGUCAUCGGCGUUGAUGGCCCUCUCACCUCUUACGUUCUCUACUGUGCCCCUGGCACCGACUCCGAUGAAUGCGGUCUUCCCUCGGAAGGCUACACCGUCGCCCAAGGUGCCUCCACCUACGAUAUGGUCUACAGCUACGAGGACUACGUCCAAAGCCAAGGCUGCAAGAUCGGCAACAAAUCAGUCGUCACCUGCAAUGUCCAGAUGCACGACGCGACCACCACCAUCUCCAGCUCCGCCGUCCUGACCACCACCGACCUGCCCUAUCGCCGCGUCACCAUCACCGGCACCGAGACCGGCGCCACCAACAAGGCCACCGCGUCCGCGACCGCCACGGCCAAAUCCACCGCCUCUACCGGCGCCUCGGCCAGUGCUACCGGCUCCGGUGCCGAUGCCUCCGCGUCUGCGUCUGCAACGGACAGCAGCAAUGCUGCCCUGGCCCAGGCUACCGGUCAUGCGGGCUGGAUUGCCAGUGGUGCCGCGAUGGCGUUGGCGCUGGCUAUGGCGUAG